CAAGAGCUCAGAGCGGCACGAUGUCUAUUGAACAAGGAGGUGCAUGUUUUGCAUGUCAUUGCUUUUCAUGCCUUGCUAAGAUGAAGCCGCGCAUGUGACGUCAUUGGUACAGCUCCCUAGCUUGUUCCCGCAGCUGCUCCAGAAGAACUACAUAGUGCUAGAGAAAGAACUGAGCCCGGACCUGCUGUGCGUGCGCCAACUAAAUCGUUAAAGGGGACAGCCCAAUCUACCAGGAGUGCUGAAAAACUAGAUAACUGUCCAUGGUACUGCAAGUACAAAAACCGUCCAGACCAGCAACACCAAUAUAAUAAACAUUGGGUGUGAUUGAAAAUGCUACCAGUGUAGGAGGUGAAGAAGACCUCCCGAAAAUGCUGAACAGUUCUUAUCCGCACUUCUGUCGAUUUCAAAAGUAAGAGUGGACCGAAAAAAAAACUGACAUCAGUUGGUCUAAGACGAUAUGGACAUAAGUCCCCUACCAGGACCAAAUGAUAUCGUGAUAACACCAGCAACUACCACAAUCCAGCAAGACUCUUUAAACCAACAAAGAACAAACUCAAUGAAGCCCAAUCAAGUUGGUCAAGUAAUUCUGUACGGCGUGCCCAUAGUUUCCUUGGUCAUCGACGGUCAAGAGAGGCUCUGCCUUGCUCAAAUCUCCAACACUCUCCUAAAAAGCUAUAGUUACAAUGAAAUCCAUAACAGAAGAGUGGCUUUGGGCAUCACCUGUGUACAGUGUACUCCCGUUCAGCUGGAAAUCCUGCGCAGAGCAGGAGCUAUGCCAAUAUCAUCAAGGCGGUGCGGAAUGAUCACGAAGAGAGAGGCAGAGAGACUAUGCAAGUCCUUUCUUGGCGAGAAUAAGCCACCAAAGCUUCCUGAUAACUUUGCUUUUGAUGUAAGCCACGAAUGUGCGUGGGGUUGCAGGGGAAGUUUUAUUCCAGCCAGGUACAACAGCUCCAGGGCCAAGUGCAUUAAGUGCAGUUACUGUAAUAUGUAUUUUUCUCCAAAUAAAUUUAUUUUUCAUUCCCACCGCACCCCAGAAGCAAAGUACACACAGCCAGACGCUGCUAAUUUUAAUUCAUGGAGAAGACACCUUAAGCUAACUGACAAAAAUCCGCAAGAUGAAUUAAUGUUUGCGUGGGAGGAUGUUAAAGCCAUGUUUAACGGCGGAAGUCGUAAAAGGGCACUGCCCCAGGGACAUUGCUCAGCUCUUGAUUCGGUAAAAGCAGUAAACAGCGUUAUCCCUCACAUGCUUACCCCCGAGCUCACACAGAAAAGGCCCAGGUUUGAAGAAGAUGAAGAUCUGGAUAGCACACGUCUAUCUACCAACAAAACUGUAAGGAAUUAUCCAGUCAUCCCUGUCCCUAGUAAGGGUUUUGGCAUGUUGCAAAAGUUUCCGACAAGUUCUUUAUUUACAAAUCCAUACACUUUCCCUGCGUUUGGGUUAUGUCACAAAAAAGAUGACAAUGACACUAUCAAUGGGCAAAAAUCCAGUGGACUAUCUGGACUGUUUUGGCCAGGAAGGAAGGAUGCGUUUUAUCCACCAUUCUGCAUGUUUUGGCCACCCAGAACUCCUGGUGGUCUACCAGUUCCUACCUACCUCCAACCCCAGGCUAGUGCUUUAACAUCCAUCACAGAAAAUCCAGCACUGAGACAAGCUUUUCUGGACCUUUCAGACCAAAGUGAAGGUAGCAGCAUAGCUACAUCUAGGGACAGCUUAUUUGAGGCAGAAUGCUCUAGUCCACCAGUCAGCAGUGACUUGCGGUCAUCAUCUGAUGGAAGGAUAAACAUCCUGGAUGUGCCUACCUUCCAAUCCAGGAAGCAAAAUUAUCAUUCUGCAUUCAGGCCUGUGGUAAAAGACUCUGAAAGCAUUGCAAAACUUCAUGGUACUGUAGAGGACUUGGGGUCAGAGAGACACCUUUCUCCUGGGACUAGCUGCAGUUAUCAAAGUGACAGUGUAGAAUCUGAUGAAGAACAAGAGGUAGAUGUGGAAAGUAACAAACAACAAGAUGAUGAAGAUGAGGAUGAUCCCUUUGGUACCCAGUACCUUCAGACCAGGGUUUUACAAGAAGACAGUGAGGAGGGAAUGAAAGACAGGCCUCCAUUUUCGAACCAAGGAACAGGCUCUCAUGGAGAGAAAUCUGAAAGCACAGAAAACAUCCCUUCUCCUCCAAAAGAAUCACAUUCUAAUACAUCCUUCGAAGAGACCUUCUUCAAAGCUAAUCAGAAAGGCAGAGGGAGUAUUUCAGUUUCAUCUGCAAAGGAAGAUAGCCUACAAGAAGCAACAAAGGAAGCAAAUGUGUCCAUAACAGAUCCUGAGUCAGCAGCUUCUGAUUUCUGGCAGGAAAUAGGUGAGCCAGUGCUUCAGAUGAACUCACCUCUGUCACUUAAAAAAGAUGUUGAGCAUAUGGGAAAAGAAGAACUGCAGAAGGUUUUAUUAGAGCAGAUAGAUUUACGAAGAAGAUUGGAACAAGAAUUCCAAGCACUAAAAGGCAACACAUCGUUUCCUGUCUUCAAUAACUUCCAGGAUCAGAUGAAACGGGAACUGGCCUACAGAGACGAGAUGGUUCAGCAAUUGCAAAUUGUAAGAGAUUCCAUUUGCAGCAAGUUUGAUGAGAAAAGAAAAACUCAGUACGCACCUCAGCAAAAGCUAAAAGAGACUAACGAUAUGCUGCAGAUGUUAUCCUGUAAAACAUAUUUUACUCACGACUUCAACAUGUUCAAAAGCUAGACAGAUUUCAUGGAAAGCAUUCGAAGAGAAUUAAAAGAAAUCAGGUUCCAAUGAACCCAGAGACAAGUGACCUCAAAGCAACUUGGACAAUUAUGUAAAAUAGAAAGUAGCAUACCUGUAUUAGAGCAUAACACAUGGACUUUUGGUGGUACCAAAGUAGAAAGUUAUCUGUGUUUGAGAGGGCCACACUAAACUGUCAGCAUUGAAGAUAUGAUGGAUUUGAUUUAUGGGACAUUAUCAGCACUGCUACUGCCAUCAGCAAUGAAAGAAUUUCUAAGUUCAGUAUUUUCUUUGAAUCUUUGGCACUUAUAGAUGGAAAUGUGAAACUUUAUCAUGUGGCAGAACAAUUGAUUGCACAGAAUUUUCUUAAAAGGAGGGCCGUUAACUACUGUCAGCCUUUUUUCUCCUGUAUCUUGCCUGCUGUAUGAAUUGAGAGUGUAUUCAUCUGGAAAUAUUUUACAGUUUAUUAUUGCGUGUAAUUAAAAGAUAUAUUCACCGUUAUCAAAGAAUGUAUUAUUUAAUGCUGUUACUGUAGUUUCUUUAAUAUUUAUGUGUAUAAUUAAAGUCUAUAAUACUAUGUUA